AUGUCAGCAAAGAACAAGAAAGGGCCUUCACAGGCUGAGCUUAUGGUCAAGACAUGUUCAGAGAUCAUUGCAGAAUUGGUCGAAGCUGUUGAUGCUCGCAAAGAUAUUAACCUUAACGGUCUCAAGAACAGAAUUGCUAGUAAAAACAAACUCCAAAAUCAGCCUAAGCUUGUAGACAUUAUUGCUGCUAUCCCGGAACAAUACAAAGCAGCUCUUUUACCAAAGUUGAAGGCCAAGCCUAUUAGAACUGCUUCUGGUAUUGCUGUUGUGGCUGUGAUGUGCAAGCCUCAUCGAUGUCCUCAUAUUGCCAUGACAGGAAAUAUUUGUGUGUAUUGUCCCGGUGGCCCUGACUCAGAUUUCGAGUAUUCUACCCAAUCUUACACCGGUUAUGAACCUACUUCGAUGCGUGCUAUUCGUGCUCGUUAUGAUCCAUUUGAACAAGCCCGUGGCCGUGUAGAUCAGCUCCGAAGUCUGGGUCAUAGUGUAGACAAAGUAGAAUAUAUUUUGAUGGGUGGUACAUUUAUGUCGAUGGCAGAAGAUUACCGCAACUGGUUUAUUGCUAACCUUCAUGAUGCUCUCUCGGGACAUCCUAGUAAUGAUGUUGACGAGGCUGUGCGUUAUUCACAGCAGAGCCAGACAAAAUGUAUUGGUAUCACAAUAGAAACUCGUCCAGAUUACUGUCUGAAGCCUCAUUUGAGUCAGAUGCUGCGUUAUGGCUGUACACGUCUUGAGAUUGGUGUUCAAAGUGUUUAUGAAGAUGUAGCUAGAGAUACAAACAGAGGCCAUACUGUCAAGGCUGUUUCAGAGUCUUUCCAACUAGCCAAGGAUACUGGUUUCAAGGUUGUUUCCCACAUGAUGCCUGAUCUUCCAAAUGUUGGUAUGGAGCGCGACAUGGAACAAUUUAAAGAGUAUUUUGAGAAUCCGGCGUUCCGUUCGGACGGUCUGAAAAUCUACCCUACGCUUGUCAUCCGUGGCACAGGCUUGUAUGAGCUUUGGCGUACUGGUCGAUACCAAAAUUACACGCCCAAUGCGCUGGUCGACUUGGUUGCUCGCAUUCUUGCACUUGUCCCACCAUGGACCCGCAUCUAUCGCGUCCAACGUGACAUCCCCAUGCCACUUGUUACGUCGGGUGUAGAGCAUGGCAAUCUUCGCGAGUUGGCACUUAACCGAAUGAAGGAUCUCGGAACCGAAUGUCGCGAUGUCCGCACACGAGAAGUCGGUAUCACCGAGAUCCAUCAAAAGAUCCAACCAGACCAGGUUGAGCUUAUCCGACGUGAUUACACAGCAAACAACGGCUGGGAAACCUUUUUAUCUUAUGAGGAUCCUCAUCAAGAUAUUCUUGUCGGUCUGCUCCGUCUCAGAAAAUGCUCACCACAGACUUUCCGUCCUGAACUCACUUCUGCCGGACAGACCUCUAUUGUCAGAGAACUCCAUGUUUAUGGCUCUGUAGUACCGAUGCACGAUCGUGAUCCUACAAAGUUCCAGCAUCAGGGCUUUGGUACUUUACUUAUGGAGGAAGCUGAGAGAAUCGCCCGGGAAGAACACGGAAGUGUCAAGUUAGCUGUCAUCUCUGGUGUUGGCGUUCGUCAUUAUUACCAGAAACUUGGCUAUUAUCUGGAUGGCCCUUAUAUGUCCAAGAUGUUGGUAUAG